AUGGAGAACUUUAACCAAUCAUGCCUCAUUGGUGAGGUUUCCUGCUUCGAUCGUCUCAAAGACCUCCCAAAUCUGAUACAUGUCGAUGGUAAGGUCCCCUGUAAUAUGUAUUUUGUUGGUGGCAUGAAGAUUGUGUUGAAAUUCUCUAAUCAUUUGGCAGCUGAAAUUUUCCUUAAAGUUAACUACAAUUUGAAUAAGUGGUUCAAAUGGUUGGAUUAUGGCAUCACUGAAGAUCAUGGUUUUAAUAGGUUAGUUUGGAUCAGGAUCCAUGGCCUUCCAUUCCAUCUGCGUGCAAAUGAAAAUGCGGCUGCCAUUGCAAGUAACUUUAGUGAGCUGUUUUUGGUGCCUAACUACAUCGGCACUUUCAAACCCUACUAUCAGGGUUCUUCCGAGAGGAGCGAAGCUUAA